GCAAACCCAGAUCUGGAGUGGACGCUCGAUAAACCCAGAUCUGGAGUGGACGCUCGAUAAACCCAGAUCUGUUUGCAACGCCCGAAUCAAGGAGGAAGUCCUUAAAUUAUACUCUGCAAACUCCGAAUCUUGUACCAAAGCUCGUGCCUUCUUCUUCAUCGCUGGAAGUCCUUUCCGAUGAUGCUGUUUUGUCGAAUCGUUGUUCGAGAAAACCCAGAGAAAGACCCAGAGCUCGUGCCUUCUUCUUCGUCGUCGAAAGUCCUUUCCGAUGAUGCUAUUUUGUCGAAUCGCUGUUCGAGAAAACCCAGGGAAAGACCCAGAGCUUGUGCCUUCUUCUUCGUCACUGGAAGUCCUUUCCUUUUCACUACUGCAAACCCAGAUCUGGGUCUUCCUCUAUCAAACCCAGAUCUGGGUCUUCCUCUAUCAAACCCAGAUCCAUCUACAACACAAGAAUCAGGGAUUAGAUUUUGCUCUACAAACUCCGAAUCUUGCAGACGCCAGCUCCAGAACCGAAGGACAUCCAGAGAACCCCUCAACCGGAGUCCACUCAUGCGCGGAAGACACAGAACAGCUCCCGUGCGCAUCCCAAUCACACUCCUGACACAGAACCAAAUUAUCCGUCACACUCCUGACACAGAACCAAAUUAUCCGUCACGCACCGAACCGCAACCGGCUCAGAACGCAGUUAUCGCAGAUCUGAGACCGCAAGUGCUUCCGCGAAAGCAGGUUCGCGGAGUGCACAUGCUGGUCGCAGAACAAACAGAGCUUCGCCAAGUCAGCCCUACAGAAGAGAACCGCAAUCUGGUCCUUACAGAAAAUUUUGUUUAUCGAGCGUCCACUCCAGAUCUGGGUUUGCAGAAGAAAGGGGAAGGAAAGGUGAAGGAGAGAGAGUAAAAGGGGAAGAAGAAAAUUUUUUUUUCCUG